CCAACUGAACCACCCAGGCACCCUGCUGGUGAUUUCUUAAAUACAACACAUAAGCAUGAUCCAUAAAAGACAAAAUUUAUAAAUUGGACUUCAUAAAAAUUAAGAACUUCUCUUUGAAAUAUUUUCAGAGAAUGAAAAGAUAAGCUACAAACUGGGAGAAAAUAUAUGCAAAUUUGAAGGAGUUAAAUCCACAGUAUAACGAACUGCAAAACUCAGUAAGAAAAUAGUUCAUUUAAAAAAUGGGAACAAGUUUGAACAGGCAAUUUAAGAAGAUGUACAGGUGGAAAAUAAACACUAAAAGAUGGUCAACAUUUUUAGUUAACAGAGAAAUACAAAUUAAAACUACAAGGAGAUUCCAUUGUACAUAAAUGUCUGAGCUUAAAAACAUUGAACAUAAAAAAUGAUGGUGGGGAUAUGGAGCCACUAGAACUCUUAAACACUGCUGGUGCAUAUAUAAAAUAGUAAAUCUACUUUGUAAAAACAGCCUAGCAGUGUCUUUUCUUUCUCUCUCUCUUUUUUUAAGCAGGCUCCACACCCAGCGUGGAACCCAAUGUGGGAUUUGAACUCACAACCCUGUCUAGCAGUUUCUUAAAAAUUUAAACAUAACAAUAUCACUCCACCAUUCUACUCCUAGGUAUUAACCCAGGAGAAAUCAAAGCAUAUGCCCAUACAAAUAUUUGCAAAUGAUCGUUCACAGCAGCUUUAUUUGAAACAAUCCCAAACUGGAAACAAUCUAAGUGUCUAUCAAGGGGCACCUGGAUGGCUCAGUCCCUUAAUUGUCUAACGCUUGAUCCCAGCUCUUGACUUCAGGGUCGUGAGUUCAAGUCUGGUUUUGGGUUCCACGAUGGGCAUGAAGCCUACCUAAAAAAAAAAAAAAAAAAAAAAAAAAGUUAAAAAAUGUCUCAUCAAAAGGUAGAUAAAUUGUGUUAUAUUCAUGCAAUGGAAUAGUACUCAGCAAUAAUGAGCAAUAAACUGUUGAUACACAUGACAAAAUGGAUGAAUCUUAACGCUGAUGAAAGAAAUCAGAAUGUACUUGCAGCAUGGUAUCAUUAACAUCAAAUUCUAGAAAAUUCAAACUUUAGGGUGACAGAAAGCAGAACCUGUCAUAUGGGGUAGGUGGGGAAGCCAAGUAUUUUACAGGGGCAUGAAGAAACUUUGGGGGGGGUGAAGGAAAUGAUUGUUACCUUGUGAGGAUGUGUAUAUAUAUAUGUUCACUUAUCAAAUUGUGCAAUUUAUUGCAGUUUAUUGCAUGUCAAUCGUACCUUAAGCUACUAAAAAAAUUUUUUUUCAAGCUGCCAAAAAUUAAUGAAGAUAAUUUUCAACUGUUGUGCAGGGUUUGCCACAAAGUAUAAGAUCUGCAUAUAACUGCACAGCUAAGCUAUAUUACUUUUUGUCCCUUAGUGUCGUGAAAAAACUGCAACAUGAGAAGGCUCUGAUGCCAAGGUUAGGCUGAGAAAUGCUUGUAAAGCUACUAAUCUAAAAAUCACAUUUUUAUUUACUGAACUCACUUUCCGUCUUGUAAAACGAAUGUUGGGGAUACUUCUAAUUCGGCUCUUUUAAAAUCGAAAUAAGCGUGAGCAAAUUAAUAAAGACUAUGAAAUCCAAACCACUAUCUUCCGUCAUAAUUUGAAGCCUUGUAAAUUAAAGCUAUCAUCAAGCCAGCUAGUGUGACGCCAAGAGGCCCAGAAAUCCCUGGCCUGCGCAGACUCUGUGCAAAGCUCUCCACGUGCGGGGCCCCGCCCAGCGCGCCCCACCCCUCCCCGCCGCGCCCGCGCCCCGGGCCCCAGGCUUUGUGGCCACGUGAACGAAGCAGCGACUCCCAGCAAGCCCGGGUGAUGGCGCAGCGCCGUGCGCGCAAGCGCAGCGCAGACCCUGAGCGGUCUCUGCGCACGCGUUUUUCAGGAAUUGUCCAGAUGGAUGAAGAUAUGCAUUACAAUAAAGUUGAAGAUGUGGUUGGAAGUCAUGUGGAAGAUGCAGUAACAUUUUGGGCCCAGAGUAUUAGUAGGAAUAAGGACAUUAUGAAGAUUGGUUGCUCAUUGUCUGAAGUUUGUCCCCAUGCCAAUUCAGUUUUUGGGAAUCUUGAUCCAAAAAAGAUUUAUGGUGGAUUAUUUUCUGAAGAUAAAUGUUGGUACAGAUGCAAAGUACUGAAAAUCAUCAGUGAUGAAAAGUGUCUGGUGAGAUACAUUGACUAUGGAAAUACCGAAAUUCUAAAUCGAUCCGAUAUAGUUGAGAUUCCUUUGGAUCUGCAAUUUUCUAGUGUUGCCAAAAAAUACAGACUUUGGGGACUACAGAUUCCUUCUGGCCAAGAAGUUACCCAGUUUGAUCAGGGCAGAACCUUUUUGGGGAGCUUGAUUUUUGAAAAGGAGAUAAAAAUGAGAAUUAAAGCAACCUAUCAAGAUGGAACAGUUAUUGCUCAGGCUGAGUAUGGCAGUGUGGAUAUAGGGGAGGAGGUGGCUAAAAAAGGAUUUGCAGAAAAAUGCAAACUCACUUCCAGCACUAACACUUGUGAGGAAAAAAAAUCAGAUCCUGGUCAGCUUGUCCUCAGGAACCUCAAAAGCCCCAUUCCCUCAUGGGGGCAUAGAUCAAACCAGUCAGCCUUCACCCGGCCAAAGGGGCGCUUAAGUGGGAGGAUGACUCUUGAUCUGAAGAAUGAAAAUGAUGCAGGAAAUCAUGUGACAUUUCCAAAGGAAAAUUUGGCUGUUGGAGACUUUAAUUUAGGGUCUAAUGUCAGCCUGGCAAAAAUUAAGCAGGACCAGAAGCUGAUUGAAGAAAAUGAAAGGCUUAAAACAGAGAAGGAGGUUCUUCUUGAAAGUUAUAAAGUUCUAGAAUCCAAAGUAGAACAGACUGCCCAGGAGCUGCAGCAAGAGAAAGCGACUACCAUGGAUUUGACUAAACAUUUAGAAAGCAUUCUGAAGACUCAUGUAGGUACCAGAAUGGAAAAUCUGGCAGCUAAGGUUGAAAUAUUGAAAGAAAUUAGACGUGUCAACAUCAGUGUUCGUUUUGGAAAUGAUCUUUCAGAUGCUAUGCAAGUGUUAGAUGAAGAGUGCUUUACUACCCCAGCUUCUUUGCCUGAAUUAGAGAGAAUUUGGGCAGAAUACAGUCUUGCUCAAGAGAACAUACAAACUUGUGAAAAUGUGAGUGAAGGAAAUAUUUUGAUUGCCAAAAGAAAUGAAGUGCAACAGAAACUGAACAUGGCAGUAGAAGUUUUUAUUCUGGAAGUAGAUGAGUUACCUCUUAAUAAACGCUUGAAAACAUUGCAGGAUUUGUCAACCUCUUUAGAGGCAGUAUAUGGACAGGCCAAAGAAGGGACAAACUCUGAAGAAACACUUAAGAAAUUUUAUGACUGGAAGUGUGAUAAAAGAGAGGAGUUCACCAAUGUUAGAAGUGAAACAGAGGUUUCUCUACAACGUCUUGUAGCAUGGUUCCAGAACACUGUAAAGGCUUUUGAUCUCUCUGUGGAAGAAUCACGAACUUCUGAAGACACAAUCAGUAGUCUUGAUGAAAUCCUAGAGAAGACUGAGUCAAGCGUCUGCAAAGAGCUGGAGAUAUCUCUGGUUGAGCAAGGUGAUGCAGACAAGGAGAUCAUUUUAAAUACAUAUAGUCAAGUACUACAAAAGAUCCGUUCAGAGGAAAGGCUUAUUGCUGCAAUACAAUCCAAGUACGAGGACAGUAUUGAGUUUAAGAAGCAGAUUAUCGAAUGUUUAAAUAAGAACCCCAAUGUGGAUCACUUGCUGUCCAUUAAAAAGACAUUGAAAAACUUAAAAGCUCGACUGAGAUGGAAAUUGGUUGAAAAGAAUAAUUUGGAAGAAUCUGAUGACUAUGAUGGAUCUGAAAUUGAGAAAAUAAAACAAGAAAUAGCUCAGUUGCGCAAUAGUGUCUUUCAGGAAAUUUAUCGCGAGCGGGAGGAAUAUGAGAAGCUGAAUAGCUUGGUACAGAAAUGGUUCCCUGAGCUGCCUUUGCUUUAUCCUGAAAUAGGGUUACUUAAGUACAUGAACUCUGGUGGUCUUCUUACUAUGAGUUUGGAACGGGAUCUUCUUGAUGCUGAGCCCAUGAAGGAACUUAGCAGCAAGCGCCCUUUAGUUUGUUCUGAGGUUAAUGGGCAGAUAAUUCUUUUAAAGGGCUAUUCUGUAGAUGUGGACACAGAAGCUAGGGUGAUUCAGAGAGCAGCCGCCUAUCACAGAGCUUGGAGAAAAGCUAAAGAAGAGUCUGGGUUACUACCAUUGAUAUUCCUAUUUUUGUGUAAGUCUGAUCCUAUGGCUUAUCUGAUGGUCCCAUACUACCCUAGGGCAAACCUGAGUGCUGUUCAAGCCAGUGUGCCUUUAACUUCAGAAGAAGCUUUAAAGGUCAUGAAAGGUGUUGCCCAGGGCCUGCAUACAUUGCACAAGGCUGACAUAAUUCAUGGAUCACUUCAUCAGAACAAUGUAUUUGCUUUAAAUCGUGAACAAGGAAUUGUUGGAGAUUUUGACUUCACCAAAUCUGUGAGUCAGCGAGCCUCAGUGAAUAUGGUAAUCGGUGACUUGAGUUUGAUAUCACCUGAACUGAAAAUGGGAAAGCCUGCUUCUCCAAGUUCUGACUUGUAUGCUUAUGGCUGCCUUUUAUUAUGGCUUUCUGUUCAAAAUCAGAAAUUUGAAACAAAUGAAGAUGGAAUCCCAAAAGUGGAUCAGUUUCAUUUGGAUCAUAAUGUCAAAUCCCUCCUCUAUAGCUUGAUCUAUUGUAGAAGUUCAAUGACUGCUGAGCAAGUUUUGAAUGCUGAGUGUUUCUUGGUGCCAAAGGGGAAAUCAACUCCAAACCCAGAAAAAGAUACUGAAUAUACCCAAUAUAAAGAAAAAGAAGAAUUAAAGAUGGAGAACUUGGAUAAAUAUAAGGAAAAGACAAGAAAUGAUGAAGCCAACUCUGAUUGAUAGAUUAGUAUUUUUUUUGUUGUUACAGAUGUUCCUUUUAAAACUUUGUUUAGUUUGGUUAAAUAAACAGAAAAAAAUCUGGAAGUGUUCCGGAGCUAGUUGGGUUGUGUCUUUGGUAUUCCAGUUGUGAAAAAUAAAAGAUGUUUGGCUAUGCAAAAAAUUGUACAGUUUGAAAUUUCAUUUAACUGGAGUUGUUAAGGAAGGAUUUUCU